AGCCGGGCCGAGCGGCCGAGCAGCGCCAGCCUCUCAGCGCUGGGAGCGUCGGGCGCCUUGGAAACGGACGGAAGCUGGCAGGAAGCGGCUGUGGCAGGAUGCUGAGUCCCGAACGGCUUUCGCUGCCGGGGCUCGAGUACCUGGCGCAAAGACAUGUUCUCACGUACAUGGAGGAUGCAGUGAGCCAGCUGCUGGAGAACAGAGAAGAUAUUAGUCAGUAUGGCAUUGCCAGGUUCUUCACUGAAUAUUUCAACAGCGUGCGUCAAGGGACACACAUCUUGUUCCGCGAGUUCAGCUUUGUCCAAGCCACCCCUCACAACAGGGCCUCUUUUCUUCGGACCUUCUGGAGGUGUUUCCGAACAGUGGGGAAAAAUGGAGAUUUGCUGACAGCACAGGAAUACCACUGCCUGCUGCAGCUGCUCUGCCCUGACUUCCCGAUGGAACUCACUCAGAAAGCAGCAAGGAUUGUGCUGAUGGAUGAUGCUAUGGAUUGCCUGAUGUCUUUUUCUGACUUCCUCUUUGCUUUCCAGAUCCAGUUCUACUAUUCAGAGUUCCUGGAAAGUGUGGCUGCCAUUUAUCAAGGUCUCCUGGCUGGUAAGAACCCAAAUACUGUUAUCGUGCCAACAUCAUCCUCUGGGCAACACAGGCAGCGCCAGCCCCCCAGUGACUCCAGUCCACUUGAUGGAGUAGAGGCAUCUCUUUUCUACCAGUGCCUAGAGUCCUUGUGUGACAGAUCAAAAUACAGCUGCCCACCAACUGCUCUUGUGAAGGAAAUGCUGAGUAGUGUACAGAGACUGACCUUCUAUGGAUUCCUUAUGGCACUUGCAAAGGAUCAGGGGAUCAACAGAGCCCUAGGGGCUUUGCCAGAUAAAGGAGACCUGUUUCUGGACCCUACCAUGGAUCAGGAACUUGAGAAAUUGGUAGCUCAGGUUUCAGGGCUCUCUGUCUCCAGUCUCAACAGCUCCAGCGGGGACGCGGUGAAUUUGCCUGUCCGUAACUCGCCCAGGAUGAACUCUCCCUGGAAACCUCUACACCAUCGGCGAAAAAUGGAUGCUGAGAGCGAAGGCUCCAACGAAGAGACAGACUCCUCAGAGAACUGAAGGUUGUGAGGGUAGACACCAUUCCCAACUUGGGUUUCUCCAGAACCCACCAGAGGAACAGCAUCUCCUUGCAGAGCAUCUGCUCUGACGGUGGGUUCUAUGUCACCAGUGUGUGUGUGGCGGUGCCAGUCCCCACUGUCAGGGCCACCCAUCUGUUCCCAGGAAGAACUCUUGACUUUUUCCCCCAGCUCUAAACUGAAGCAGGAAUAGUUCCUCUGUGGAAGCUAUUUCCAGCUGCAGAGCUCUGCUACCCUCUGCUGGCAAGCAAGACAUACCAGCUCUGCCUCCACUGGGAAAUUACUGAGUAUUCUCUCAUCAGGUUUCUCCCUCAAGGUUCAGCAGGUGCUGGAGCAGGGGGAGUGCUAGUGCAGGCUGUUUGCCAGUGUUUUGUUGUGUAGCUGUGUUCAGACUUGGCCUAGAUAAUAGAGCAGUUAAAUAGCCAGCAGCAGCUCUGCACUUGUGCUCCUUUAUGAUUAUUCCCAGUAAAGCUGCACCUGCAUACAAUCAAAGGUAAAGAAAUUCCUGAAGGUCUUAGAAAAGAAGGGCUUGGCUAUUGCCAUACCACUUGUCUCUGUUUCCUCCCCCAUGUGUCCUAAACUUGCCAAAGCAAAUAAGCUGGACUGCAGUUAAGUACUGCAUGGUGCCUUCUGUGAGGCCUCCCCCUGCCUCCAUCAUUUUGAAAAGGCAGCUUCAGAGAGCAGGUUGGAGGAGAGAGAGAAAGGAAAAAAAAUGUUUAAAUUCCUUGGCCUGCAAACAUAGAGAGCUGGGGUUGGCUAGGCAGAGGCACUGAGGGGGCAAAGCAGCAGUUAUCAAACAACUCCUGUGUAUGUUGGGUUUUUUAAGCAUUGGCAUUGAUGUAGCGGCAGAGCAUAGCCCUUACGACUACCAAGAGUAGCAUCUCCUUGUGUUUGUGGUAACUAACUCAGCAGCUUGGCCUCCACAGAUCUGACCAGUGCUUAACCCAGCUUCUGUGCUGCAGCUUGCUUAGACCAGUCUCUUUCUGGGGAACUUCAGUUUCUUUGGAAGCCUUCUUGCAUUUUGCCUAUAAAAUGCAGUGUGGGCUACUAAGAGCUGGUAACCCAGAGCAGGAGCUGGUAACCCAAAGCUUACAGCAGUCCUAAGCCCAGCAGACAGAACACAUGCUGGAGUUAUUUUAAGACUAAUCCCAUACCUUCUGCCGAGUCUGUACCAAAGCCUGAACUGUGGAGGGAGUGGGAGGAACUCUUUAUUGUAAGUUACUUUAUUUAUUGAUGUGCUCUUUCACUGCACUUUCUCCCCCACCCCCCAGCGAGUGCCAGCCCAACAAUAAAGCACACUGCACGAGGCCACUCCUGCCUCUGGGGUCUUCUGGGCCACCCUGGCCCUGCAGAGGCUUACUCAGGGAAGGCCCUGAGGGAAAAGUACCAAGCAGACAGGAGCAGCACAGGGCUCAGUGGUACCCACAGGCUGCAAUGGCCUUUGGAGGAGCUCCACACCCUCGCCUUGGCCAGGGGAGGUGGUGGCAUCUCCAACGGCCUGGGCAUCCCCAGGCUGUGUCAGUCUCCAGCACGCAGGCCUUGCAGCAAAUGGCAGCUCUGUUCUCCUGCUUCUGCCUGAGUACUGUUACAGUGCAACCCACACCAAGGGACAAAGCCAGAGAAGAGCUGACCCUUAUCCCUCCUGCUGCCUCACGGCUGUGGCACUAGAACUCUUCCCCUAGCCCUGCAGGUACCACAGCUUCUUGAGCUGGACAGGAGGACUGAAGGCUGUGGAAGCCCCAAAGAGGCAAGUGCCGGGCACUUCCCUACAGCUCCAGUCUAUCUUCUUGCUAGUAGCUCCUGUGGAACUAGCCCUUUUACCCCAUUUGCUUACUACUCUGCCCUCAAUACCAUAGUCCAAGGAAGAGAAAAACAUAUCUUGGUAAAACCAGAGUCAGUCCUCCCUCACAGCUGCACUUUAAAGUUCACCUCACAGUGAAGUCACAGGCUAAAGACUUUGGCUUUUGUCCAAAGCUAGGCAGCAGAACAACCAGGGAUGCAGUAAGUACCUUUACAGUAUUUUUUUACCUGGCCUUUUUUUGUUGCUGAUGUAAUUGGAAGAUAAAAACCAAUUAAUAUUCACUUUUUUUCUCCUGCAUCAAUAUAUGCUGGUUUACAACAGAGUAAAAAGGAUUAUCCCAUGGUUUAAGUAAGACCCUGCAAAUACAGAGGACUCCACAACACUGUGGAUUGCAAGCACUGAGCAGAACAAAAAACUCCAGUUGUGUCCAUGGGAACCAGGUAACAAUGUUCAGACAAACAGUGCUCUCCUUUCCUCUGUAUUUAAG